AUUAGUUGCAUCACAUAAAUAUUGAGUUCCGGUUUCAGAUUUGGAUUUGUUUGAAACAAUGUGUGACGAAGAAGAUUACAGUUCAGGCAGCGACGAAGAUUACGUACCAUCGGAUGGGGAAGCCGUGAGUGAGGAAGAAAAUUCUGGAGAGGAAGAGGAUUUUGAUGCUCUCCAUAAAGAGGCUGAAGAAGGGGAAACCAAGUCAGGAAAACGAAAACGGAAAAACCAAAAAGGGCUUACAGCUAGAAAGCGUAAAGGUGGUAUAAAGCUUGAGGGGGACACUGAAGACACAAAGGAAUCAGAGGAUAACUACAACAAAGUCUUGUCAGAGGAGGUCAAAAAAGAACAAGAGGCCAAAAUAGAGGAGCAAGAGAAGAAGAAGGCAGAUGACCUGUGGUCAAGUUUUCUGUCCGAUGUCGGGAGUCGACCAAAAGCAAAGCCAGCCACUCCCAGUGGAAGUUCACUAGCCAGUAUGUCCAAGCCAAUCAAAAGUCCAGUUACUCCAACUUCAAAAAAAGUCACAGUCACAAAAGAGUUUGAUUUUGCUGGAGAGACAGUUAAGGUUACCAAAGAUAUAGAUUUAAAUACAGAAGAAGGAAAAAAGGAAAUGAAAAAGUUGACACAAGAAAAGAAAGAACCAGAACAGAAGCCAGCAACACCAGGACCAACAGUUCUAGGGAAGAAGCCAGGUGGACUUGGCAGUGUGCUGAAUAAAAUUGGAAAGAAAGAUAAAAUCAGUACUCUGGAGAAAUCAAAGUUAGACUGGGACAGUUUUAAACAAGAGAAAGGAAUCUCAGAGGAACUUCAGACUCACAACAGAGGAAAAGACGGAUACAUAGAGAGGAUGCAGUUUCUUAACAGAGCAGAUCAAAGACAAUUUGAAAUUGAAAAAAAUAUACGACUUGGAUUGAGUAGCAAAAGAUGACACAAGAGUACAUAGUACGCCUCCAUUGUUGUGAACAUUACUGUGAACUCACAGGGACAUCUCUUUCUGUGACAACUUCUUCAUUUCUUAGGAGCUCAACAGGAUUUGAGCCUGUUUUAUUUACUGGUUAAACCAGACUGGGAAGCUUCUUCAAGGGUUGUUCAAAAUAUUAAAUCCUGGUGUGAAACUUGUGUAAAUAAAUGCACACAGUGUAUUUAUAUCCUGUAUGCUAUUUUUGUUAAUAAGUUAUAGGGAUAUAAUGGCUUUUUUCUCUUCAAGACAGGAUAUACACACGUUGAAAAGGCAAUAUUUUGUCUGUCAAAAGAAUUUCUGGACUAUAACUGAACAAAGGAAUUGGUAAAGAUCAAUGUCUGCCCACAAAAUCAAAUGUUGAUGAUAAAGACUCUGAAAGUAUGUUCUAAGCACAGAAGAUGUAGACAGUCUUCAAGACAUUUAACAUUUUUCAUUCAAAAUUUCAAUUAUUUCAAAAGAAAACAGUGCACUGUAAGUCAAUAAUAUGACUUGAAACUAUCUAUCACAGAUCGUCUCCAUCUUUUAUAUCAUGCAUAGAGUGAUGUCAUUAAAAUGUGUGAAAAUAGAUCAUGAACAAGUUU